UUAAUUUUCCUUUCCACUCAGUUUGUAUAGCACAUCGUAGGUCAGUCUUAAUUUACAAACUUGUAGCGAUUGCCGAAACUCUCAGAAAAUCUAAACAAGAAAAUCAUAUUUUUUCAAGAUAUUUGAAAGAUAUAUGCGUUUAAUCAAGAUAAAAAAGAAUUUCGAAAAUUGAAAUGUCGUCUCUUAAACGUAUACUAUCAACAAAUGGAAUAUGCGUAGAAACCCCGAGGAAGAACGAAGUGAUAUCAGCGAAUGAUAUUGAUGUUGGAUUUAUUCCAGUAAUUUCAAAAAUUCUUCGGGAUGUGGAAAAGGAACAGAGAGAUGGUCUGGCGAGAAAUAAACAAUGUCAGGAAAUCGCUCAUAGGGCGGAAGAAUUGCAUAAAAAGUUUGAUCUCGUGAGGAAUCAAAUACAAAAACUACCAGGUGUCGAAUUAAGCAUUGAGGAUCAGCUAAAAAAUUUGGAAAAUUUGAAAAAACAACUGAGAUUGAAAAAGGAACUUAUUCUAAAGUACCGCAAUAUGGCUUCUCAAUAAAAUAUAAAGUUUAGGAGAAAACUUCCUACAGUAGAUAAUGCAGCCCACAGUGGAUAAUAAUUAAUUAAGAGCACAAAUAAGAGAAAAAUAAUUAAUUGUUAUUUAUUAAAACGCAUAAUGUCUUAAUCAAUAAUUAAAUUAAUUAUUUUACAUAAAUUUUUGUUUUUAAUAAUUGAUUAUCUACUGUAGGUUGCACUAUCCACUGUAGGAAGGUUUCCUCUUUUGGCGUCCUUGCUUGACAAAAAAAGGAAUUGUACACUCUUUUUUAUAUAACUUUUUUUGCAUGGUAGAAUAUUUUGUGCAAAAAUCAAUAUUGUCAGAAUUGCCUAUAUUUUGUGCAAAAGUUAAAAGUCAGAAUGUAUUUUACUAUUUUGUGAUGCAUUAAAUAAAAAAAAAAUGAUAAUA